CAACCGAUAUUCAUUAUAUUUCAUUUGAUUGUUUUUUCGUUGUUGUUGUCUGUGCAUCAUAAUGCGUAUUUAACGUGUAUGUUUUACCCUGCAGAAAAAAAUUCUAGCAAUUGUCAUGCCUCAGUUGUGUUGAGUGUAUCGUUAAUAUUUCCAUGUGAUAAAGUGUAUUAGAAAAAAGACUUAAAAAAUGGCAAGUAGAGGCGGCCGCGAAGUGGGCAACGAGCCGAUGGAUACAUCUGCAUCGAUGCAAAAUUCAUCCACAUCUCAUCAUCAUUUUAGUUCUUCGGCAGUGCCGCCGAUGCAAGCAUCUUCAUCAAAUUCGACAACAGCAACCACAUCAUCAUCAUCAACAUCACAACGUUCAAAUAGUGGCAGUACAACAACGACUAGUAGCCAAGCAAUGCUUACAAAAUACAAAUAUAUCGAAAACUAUGAUUUUCCGUAUUGUGAUGAGUCGGGCAAAUAUGAAAAAGUGGCCAAAAUCGGUCAGGGUACGUUUGGUGAAGUGUUCAAAGCACGCGAACGUCGAUCAAACAAGAAAUUUGUCGCUAUGAAAAAAGUUCUUAUGGACAAUGAAAAAGAAGGUUUUCCGAUUACAGCGUUGCGUGAAAUUCGAAUUUUACAGCUGUUGAAACACGAAAAUGUAGUGAAUUUAAUCGAAAUUUGUCGCACAAAAGCAACAGCCAACAAUCGAUAUCGGUCCACGUUUUAUUUGGUAUUCGAUUUUUGUGAGCAUGAUUUGGCCGGACUGCUGUCAAACAUUAAUGUUAAAUUUAGUUUAGGCGAAAUUAAAAAAGUUAUGCAGCAAUUGCUUAACGGUUUAUAUUACAUUCAUAGCAACAAAAUUUUGCAUAGGGACAUGAAGGCGGCUAAUGUUUUAAUUACGAAAAAUGGUGUAUUGAAAUUGGCUGAUUUCGGAUUGGCUCGAGCAUUUAGUGCAUGCAAAACAGGACAAGUAAAUCGAUACACAAAUCGUGUAGUUACUCUAUGGUACCGACCACCAGAAUUACUUCUCGGUGAUCGAAAUUAUGGACCGCCGGUCGAUAUGUGGGGUGCCGGUUGUAUUAUGGCAGAAAUGUGGACCCGUUCGCCAAUUAUGCAAGGAAACACUGAACAACAACAGAUUAUAUUCAUCUCUCAACUUUGUGGCUCAUUUACACCGGAUGUAUGGCCAGGAGUUCAAGAUUUGGAAUUGUAUAAUAAAAUGGAAUUGCCAAUGGGUCAUAAACGAAAAGUAAAGGAUCGACUGAAGGUAUAUGUAAAAGAUCCACAUGGCUGUGAUUUGCUCGAUAAGUUGUUGCAGUUGGAUCCAAAGGCGCGUUAUGAUGCUGAUGGUGCAUUGAAUCAUGAUUUCUUUUGGUCGGAUCCAAUGCCGUGCGAUUUGAGUAAAAUGUUAUCGCAUCAUUUGCAAUCGAUGUUUGAAUAUUUGGCACCACCAAGACGACCAGGACAUAUGAUGCGUCACUAUCAGCAGAUGAAUGCAAGCCAAAUGCAAAAUCGUACACAGGACAACAGCUAUCAAGAUCGUGUUUAUUAGAUACGUAGAUAGGAGUUUCAUUAAGCAAUUUUAUUCGGUGUUUUGUGUUAAAACGGAAACCAAAACACCACCGAAUAUGAGGAGAGAAAAAACAAACGGUAUAUCGACUUACAAAUAAUAUUUUAUAUUUAGGAAUUAACGACCUUACAGGCGAUAUUAUAUGAAAUAUCUAUCAUAUAAUUACUUUAGACUGCAUUUUUGAGUUUGCUUUGGCAAAACAAUAUUCACUCAAGUUGAUCAUUUUUUUCAUUUCUUUUUUUUUUGUAAAAUU